AUGGCAGCCUGGAAAGAGCUUUUCUUGAACUGGGUUCCUUCGAUUCUUGUUCUUAUCUCUUUAUAUCUUCAUAGUUCAUCUUCUUCAUUCAUUCCUGAUGAUAAUUACUUGAUUUCUUGUGGUUCUUCACAAAAUAUCACAUUUCUUGGCCAAAUUUAUGUCCCAGAUUCAUCAUUUCACCUCAAAACCCCGCAAAAUUCGAAUGAAAUCGAAUCGAAUUCGACUGUUCCAUUACCGAUCCACCAAUCUGCGCGAGUUUUCACCGCCAUUUCCUCCUACGAAUUCGAGAUCCGAAAACAAGGUCGCCAUUGGAUCCGACUCCAUUUUUACCCGAUCCCCGGCCACCACCUCGAUUCGGCCUCGUUCACCGUCGUCACUGAAAGCUUUGUCCUCUUAAACAGUUACAGUUUCAAAAGCCACAACGGUUCUUCGUUUGUUUCGAAAGAGUUUUCGAUCAAUGUGACUUCAAACACAUUGCUUCUGAACUUCGUCCCGUCGAACAAUUCGAUCGCGUUUGUGAACGCAAUUGAAGUUGUUUCGAUUCCCGAUAACUUGAUCCCUGAUCAAGCUAUUGGGUUAUCUCCGUCCAGCCCGGUUAACGGGUUGGCGGAGCUUGCGUUCGAGACUGUUUACCGAUUGAACAUGGGGGGACCGAAACUCAGUCCGCAGAAUGAUACGUUAGGAAGAACGUGGGAAAACGAUGAGAAAUACCUUCAUGUUAAUAGCUCCGCUGCAAAUGUGUCGAUAAAUCCUUCGUUUGUGAAGUAUCCCGAUGAUUUGACGCCGGAUAUAGCGCCGAAUUGGGUGUAUGCAACGGCUCAGACGAUGGGCGAUGCGAAUGUCGCGAAUUUGAACUUUAAUGUCACUUGGGUUCUUCCGGUUGAUCCCGAUUUUGCGUAUUUUGUUCGGGUUCAUUUUUGCGAUAUCGUGAGCACGUCUUUGAAUACUCUUGUGUUCAAUUUGUAUAUAAAUUCCGAUAAUGCUUAUGCCAGUUUGGAUCUCUCGAGCUUGACCGGUAAUUUGGAUGUUCCGGUGUAUAAGGAUUUCGUCGUGAAUUCGACGGAUAAUUCGAAUACUUUGUCGGUUAGUGUUGGCCCGGACGCGGAUGCAGAUGAAGCCAACGCGAUUCUGAACGGUCUUGAAAUCUUGAAGAUUAGCAAUGGAGCUCGAAGCUUAGAUGGGGUUUCGGUGGUGGGUGAUCUGGUUGUUUUUCCCGCGAGCCGGAAGAAGAAGAUUGGGGUUGUUGUUGCGGCGGUUCUCGGGUUGGUGGUGGUGGUGAUUCUUUUGGGUUUGUGUUAUUGUUGGAAGGCGGGUCGUGGGUCGAAAAAGACGGAUCGUACGAAACCGUGGCUUCCGCUUCCAUUGUAUGGGAAUUCCGUCACCAUGACGAAGAUGUCGACGACGGCAAGCUGCAUUUCGUUGGCUUCGUGUAAUCUCGGAAGGAACUUUAGUUUUCAAGAAAUCAUGGAGGCGACGAAUAAGUUCGACGAAAGUUUGUUGCUUGGAGUCGGUGGUUUCGGGCGGGUUUACAAGGGAACGAUGGAAGACGGGACCCUUGUCGCGGUAAAACGGGGAAACCCGAGAUCGGAACAAGGUCUUGCGGAGUUUCGAACGGAGAUUGAGAUGUUGUCGAAGCUACGGCAUCGUCAUCUCGUCUCGCUCAUCGGGUAUUGCGAUGAACGAUCAGAAAUGAUUCUCAUUUACGAGUUCAUGGCAAACGGGCCCCUCAGGAGCCAUCUUUACGGUACAGAUCUUCCGUCGCUUUCCUGGAAGCAAAGGUUGGAGAUCUGUAUCGGGGCCGCCAGGGGCCUACAUUAUCUCCAUACCGGUGCAUCACAAUGCGUGAUUCAUCGUGAUGUGAAAACGACUAACAUUUUGUUGGACGAGAAUUUCGUUGCAAAAGUUGCUGACUUCGGUCUGUCGAAGGCAGGACCCUCCCUCGACCAGACCCACGUCAGCACCGCCGUGAAGGGUAGUUUCGGGUACCUGGAUCCUGAAUACUUCCGACGACAACAACUGACGGAGAAAUCAGACGUGUAUUCAUUCGGGGUCGUACUGAUGGAGGUCUUGUGUACCAGACCGGCUUUGAACCCGGUUCUUCCGAGAGAUCAAGUGAACAUCGCCGAAUGGGCUCUAACAUGGCAAAAAAGGGGGAAUUUGGAUCAAAUUAUGGAUCAGAAUCUUGUCGGGAAGGUGAACCCGGCAUCGUUGAAGAAAUACGGUGAAACCGCGGAAAAAUGUUUGGCGGAGUACGGUGCCGAUCGGCCAUCGAUGGGCGAUGUUUUGUGGACGUUGGAGUACGCGUUGCAGCUCGAAGAGACGUCUUCAGCUCUAUUGGAACCGGAAGAUAGCAGCAUGAACCAUAUCCCGGGGAUCGUAUUGAGCCCACUCGAACCGCUUGAUAACAGCGUGAGUAUGAUCGAUGGGGACGAUUUCAGGACCAAUAAUGGCGGGGCGGAUGGUACAACGAGUGGCGUGUUCUCUCAACUCGUACAUCCGCGAGGAAGAUGAUCGAAUGGAGUCGGUGGCAGAUAUAAAAAUUUAAAGAAAUUGACCAAAAUAAUCCAUCUUUCCGACCAAAAUUCACUUUUUAGCCAUUUUUUGAACCAAAUUCUCAUUUUAUCUGGAAUUUAAGCAAAUGGGAUGCUUAUGCAACUUUACAUAAAAUAUUUUCUUUUUUCAUUUUUUUUAAUUUAAAAAUCGAGUUUAUGUCGAUUAAAAUGGGAAUAAUAUUGAAAAAAAUGCUAAAAAGUGAAUUUGGUUGGAGAGAUUUGUUAUUUUGGUCGAUUUCUUUGUACAUUAUGCAAAAUGAAUCACGAUGGUGACGUUAUAAAAGCCGUAGAAGAA